AUGCGCGCAUCACGACCAGCCGAACAGGCACUCCGCCUCGCUACGUCAUCAGCAUCACAAAAAUACGUCUGCCGAGCCUGUCGUGCCCAAGCCGCCCGCCAGUUCCACACCUCAGUACCACGACCCGCACAAGUGCCAUUGUACCAGCGUCUACGGGACACCCUUUUUGGAAGCAAGCAAUCACAGGAGGCUGAAAAGGGCCGUGGAGAGAAGCAGGUGCAGCGGAGAGAAGAAGAACAACAACAGUCCAGCAGUCAAGAAGAUGGUGCGCUGGAAGUAGUGGUCGGGAGGGAUGGACAGGAGUAUGAAGUCGCUGCUGUCGUGGACCCGACCCUCGCCAAGAACUACAUUCAAGCAAUGAGCUGGGAAGGGCUCGAAAGAAUAGGCAGUGAAGAGUGGGUCAAGAGGAGGGCUGACCAAGGGGAGCAAUAUGUUGGCUUCAUCCCAAAGAAGGAUAUCAAACUCACACCCAAACAAUGGAAGAUCGUCCUCUCCGACAUCAUGGCCGAUAUACUAGCCCUCAAACGAGCCGGGCGGUCCGUCGAUCAGGUCCUCCAUCCAAACGUGCAGGAACAAGGAACAGCAAACGAGACGUGGACCCCUGAUUCGGGACUGCCCUCCUUCUCAAUUACAAAACAACAGAGUCUACGUGUAGUUGCCAACGAACGACAAUACAGAGGCACUCUUGGUCGGAGAAGCAAACGCUCGACGAUAGCGCCUAUUGGCGACGUCUCUCUCCACGACCCCGCCAUCAAACUGGCCCUCCACAAAAUCAUCCUCAGAGUCAGCGGCCGUCGCAUUUCGGACGCCGCCCUAAACUCCAGCCACACCCUCUCAGACCUCUACAGCCACCUCACCGCGAAAACAAAAUCUCCUUCACUCGCCCGCGCUCCGGAGAUCCGGCGGUUGAAGGCUACUUCGGCCGCGAAUGUCAGUUUCGUGCCGCGGAAGGUGACGAUGAUUGAUCGGGAGAAACAGGUGGGGAGGUGGAAGGUUAUUGAGGAGGAGCUUGUUGCGAGGGGUUUGCCGGUUACGGGGAGUAGAUUUCAGGGGGCUAAGACUGUUGUGCAUUGA